GUUCUGCGAGCAGACAUCGUUGCAUGGCUGGUCUUAUUUACCCCAUUCUAGAAAGUCAAAGCUCAAGAAAGUUUUCUGGAUUCUUGCAAUAUUAGGUUCCCUGAUAAGUAUGGGAUUAUUACUACAUCUGACCGUAGAUCAGUUUAUAAAGGCUAGAACUGCAAUUUCAAUCACCCAGCGUGCAAAACCACUUGAUGAUGUGUUUUUUCCUUCCCUGGUGGUUUGCAACAUCAGCCCGUUCAGGAAAAGUUUUGUUUAUUUUGUUCACGAGAGUUUAAAGAAGAUGGGAGUGAAGGUUCCAAUUCAAGAUAUUUAUUCCCUAGGAAGGCUAUUGAUGGAAGAAUUUGUAAUGGGACGAGAGCAUAAUAUAACCCAGGAGAGGCAGGAGCUCCUGGACACCAUCAUCAACAGCAACUUCUUCGAGGAGUACUUCAGAAAGUUUCUGAAUGAGAAUGAUAAUCCAAGAAUUGUUAAUAUGACGAAUGGAAAAUUGAUCAACUAUGAUCAGAUCAGAGCUGCUAGGAGUAUAGCUGGAAAUUAUACUAAGGAGAACAAGGCGUUGUAUCAUAAAAACUUUUUUGCCAACCUUGCAAGUCAAUGGGAGAUAGAACAACUUGUUACUUAUAUUCAAUGGAAUGGGUUUGAUUCGACUCAGAUAAAUAAUACAAAAUCAACAUUUCAACAGCUAGGGUUUGGCACUGAUUAUGGAGUAUGUGUGUGGUUGUCGACCUACUAUACAAAUCCGCAACCAGGAAGUGAGGGGGAACUAAGCAUGCUUCCUACAGGGGCUCUUAACGGAGAAAAUAAUGGUCUUUCUCUUUUACUAGACGCAGAAACCUUUGAUAACAGCGCUAUGGAGGACAACUUAGUUGGAAGUAGAGUAGGGGAGGGGUUUAAGGUGGCUGUAAUACAUCCAUUGGAUAUGCCUCUCAUGCGACAAAGUGGAGUGAAUAUAGAUAUUGGUUCAGCCGUACAGAUGGCGGUUUCUAUUACACAGUACACAACUACAGAUGUUGCAUUAUCAAGAUUCUCUCCGGUGGACAGACGAUGCUGGAACACCUCGGAGAUAUCGUUUGAGAUCUUAAAAUACUCUGACGAUUACAGGUAUACAAUGAACAACUGCUUGUAUGAAGCUUCGCUAGAAAAAACAGCCCAGGAUUGUGGCUGUAUUCCUGGCUCCCAGAAGUUUAAUAAAUCUCCCUGUAUGGGAAAGGAUUUAAACUGUUAUCAAAAUGUUAUCUUUAAUACAGGUCUUUACAGGAGUAUCCGAGACCCAAAUCAGAACAUUAAUAAACUAUGCAUGAGUGCAUGCUUUGAUCAGAAGUAUGAUCUGUUGGUAACCUCUUCUCUCUAUCCUGGAAAAGAAAUAAAUCACAAAGACGACUUUUGCAUUAUUGUCAAUAAACUGCAGAGAACCUGCGCAGAUUUUUCCCGGAAAUAUACGGUGGAGAAGAUAUAUCCUAAUAUAUGUGCGGGUGUAAAGCAAGCUAUGGAUACAGGAGCCUGUUCCUCUACUAUACGUGAACCCUAUAAUGGAACCAAAUACAGUUCCGACCCUGAAGAGUCUGAUCAGUUCAAAGAUACAAUUGUAAAAUACAUGAGAGAAAAUAUAGCUGUUAUAAACGUAUUUAUAAGAGAACCUUACAUCUUAGAGAUUAGUUCAGAUGAACAGUUUAGCUGGACGGCAUUUAUUGGGAACCUUGGAGGAUGUUUAGGACUGUGUAUAGGGGCCAGCAUAAUCUCUAUUAUCGAGGUGAUUUGGCAUCUUUUGAUGUCGUUGGUUUCGGGACUGAAGAGUUCACAGACUAAGUAUUAAUAUGUAAUCUUUUAAUACAAUUAAAUAAAAGAAAUAAAAUGUUUGUUUGAUGUUUAAA